GGUGUUUUCAUUGACAACAACAAAUUUAAACUUUUGUCGUUAAAUUAGUUACGAAACUGUCCAAAAGAAGUUUUAGAAUUUCGUUAUUGUUUUGUUUUGUUUUUAGUGUGUAAUAAUGCCUCCGAAAAAUGCAUAUAAAUGUAUUGUACGUGACUGUCAAUCAAAAGAUGUGGUAUGUCAUCGGUUUCCAAAUCCUAGCAAUGAUAUGGACAGACUUAAAAGUUGGAUGAAGAUUGUAGGUGGUUUGGAAGACAUGAAUCCGAUGUCUGUCUAUUCUAAAAAAUUUAUCUGUGCUUUGCAUUUUACUAAUGAUUGUUCGAGUCCUGGUACUAAAAAGCUAAAUGCAAAUGCUUACCCCUCCAUCAACUUGCCAAAUAGAGAAAUGGUUAAUGUUGAUAUCUUAAAAGAAAAUUUUCAACACACAGGUAUGUACAUUGUUUACAAAUAAUUAUAUACAAUUAUUAUAAUCUAUUGAAUACUGCCCGGAUUAACGCUAUUGUAGGCCCUAGGCACAGU